AUGUCCGACCCUCUCCCUGCAACGUACGAGGACCUCCCCAACCCUCGCCAGUACUGGCCAGCUGCCUCCGGCUCGUAUGAGGAAGGUCUUGGAAUGCUGCGUCUCCUAACCCCCGAAGUCGUCUCCUCUGCUGCCCGCACUGAAAUCCAGUCUGGAGAACGCGUAUGCCUAAACUGGGAACUCGAGAACCUCAACCCGCCCGGAUUCGGUCGUCGCCCGUUUAACCACUUGAUCAAAUUCGUGGAUGGCAGCAAUGGCGUCGCAUUAGAUGAUGAGUACCACUUCAACCCUCAGCAGUCCUCUCAAUGGGAUGGUUUGAGACAUCAUUCUGCCCCUUGGCCAGACAAGGAGAACCCCGAAAGAAAGCUGUGGUAUGGCGGUACAACGGUGGAAGAAAUUAUGAACACCGAUUCAUCUCGUAUUGGUAUUGGGCAUUGGGCUAAGAAGGGAAUUGCUGGUCGUGGUGUGUUGAUCGAUUAUGCCUCCUGGGCUGAGCGCACCAAGGGUCUGAAGCCGGACUAUGCCUUGACACGCCACAAGGUCACUCUCGACGACGUCCUCGCCAUCGCAAAAGAGAGCAAUAUUGAAUUCAAACAAGGAGACAUUUUAUUCCUCCGCGUAGGUCUCCCACAAACUUGGAAUGCAAUGUCCGCCGCAGAGCGAAAAACCUACUCCGAACAAGCAGUCCCCCAACACGCCGGUAUUGAGCAAUCCGAGCGUGUCCUCAAAUUCCUCUGGAACAACCAUUUCUCAGCCGUUGCCAGUGAUGCCGUCAGCUUUGAGGUUUACCCAGCCAUUGAGGAGGAGUUUGAUUUGCAUCAUCACAUUUUGGCGGGUUGGGGUCUGCCUAUUGGCGAGAUGUUUGAUUUGGAUGGGUUGGCUGAAUUUUGUAAGCAACAUAAUAGGUGGACUUUCUUUGUCAGCAGUAGUCCAUUGAAUUGUGCUCGAGGUGUGAGCAGUCCUCCUAACUGUAUGGCUAUUUUUUAG